CUGCGAUGGGCCUGGUGAAUCAAGAGAAUAUCCAGGAUUACUGGUCCACCGACGAGGUUUUAUCUACUCCCUUUUUCCCUCAAAUUAUGUCAAGAGACAAAUUUAUGAACAUUUUAACAUUUUUUCACUUGUGCAAUAAUGAUAAUUAUAUUCCUCGAGGACAGGAAGGGUAUAACCCAGUAAACAAGCUUGGCACUAUAUACAGUGUUGUCACUGGGAAUUUUUCAGAUGUCUGGAAGCCAGGCAAAAAUAUUUGCAUAGAUGAGGGAAUGAUUCCAUUCAGAGGAAAAGUGCACUUCAAAGUGUACAAUCCAGACAAGCCAGAUAAGUAUGGUGUAAAGUCAUACCAGUUGUGUGACUCAAGUAAUGGCUAUUGUUGUAGGUUUGAAAUUUACACUGGUGUAAACCAAGAACCACCCAGUGCUAAAGGCAAAACAUAUGACUUAGUCAUGAGGCUCAUGCAACCUUAUUUGAAUGUGGGUAGGUGUUUGUAUGUUGACAACUACUACACAUCACCUACUUUAUUUGCUGAGCUCUAUAGGCAGAACACUGGGGCCUGUGGAACAGCCCGCUACAGGAAAGGUAUUCCCCAGGAAUUUAAAAGGGCACAAGUGAAAAAAAAAGGUGACAAGUUUGUUAUGAACAAUGGAACUUUGCUGGCUGUUAAAUUUAAGGACCGCAGAGUUUUCCAGAUGCUGUCAUCUGUUCACUCCAUUGCAGAUGUAGAAGUUGGCCGAAAUCACCCUGGAACUGGGCGCCCAAUCACUAAACCCGAGAUUGUACAUGACUACAACAAGUUCAUGGGGGCAGUUGACAGGUGUGAUCAGAUGGUGGCCUAUUCCUGCUUCAGGCGACGCACCAUGAAAUGGUGGAAGAAAGUGUUCUUCCAUCUGUUUUCCUUAAGCAUCCUGAAUGCUUAUAUCCUCUACAAACAUAGAACCCAGUCACCUGUACUGCAAAGGACCUUUCGAAGGGAGCUUGUGAAGGAGCUUGUUAGGAAUUCUGGCAUCUCCCAUUCUCUCACUCCAAGAGGCCGCCCAAGGAGGUCAGCUGAAGGCUUAACCCGCCUCCAAGUUGGAGGUCACUUCCCAGAGAAAAUACUGGGUACUGGGAAGAAGUCCAACAUCACCCGGGCAUGUGUGGUUUGCUUUCCUGCCCAAAAGAAGAUUCUGAAAAGGACAGGAGAUAAAAGGAAGAGGCCAGGGAAGGAGUCUAGCUUUCAGUGCAGUGUCUGUAAAGUAGCACUCUGUAUGCAAGACUGCUUCCAGUUGUACCACACUGUUGAGGACUAUGUUGCUGCUUACAUUCGAAGACAUGAUGCCAAUAAUGACAAUGUGGAUGCUGAAACCAAUUGAUUAACUGAUCAUAGCCAUUAUUCAUCUUUUUUUUGGUUUUGUUUGGUUUUGAAGUCAAUUCAAACACAGAAAUAGAUAAAUUUAGACCAAUUAGACCCAUACAACUGAGCUGACUGUUUUGAACUAAUUCAAAACCAAACAAUGUAAAUAAAUUCCUAAUUUGAUUAUGUGUUGACUAGACAAAUAUGCAAUUUUGCUACUAUUUUGAGAAAAAAAAAUGCUCUCACAGUCACAGGAAUUGUUUUAUCAAGUUGUUGGACUAGGGCUUAACUCUGGUUGCCAUUUUAGGCUUGUACAGAUAAUUUUUGGAAGAAAUUAAUAUGAUGUGUUAUUUGUUAAUGUAUAACUUUUGUCAAAAACAUGAUUUCAUAGCUAAAUUUUAAAAGCAACUUAGGUUCAAAAUUUAUCAUAAUAGAAUAAUCAGAAAGGAAAUUUAUUAAGCUUUAAUUUGAUAUAUAGGUUGUUGGGAUUUGAUGAAAAGUAAAGCUUUCAAUGCUGUUGAAAGGAUCAACUGUCGUGCAUGAGUGCGUUUCUAAAAAUAAAGUCAGUUUAAGGGAUUGUAACCUGAACUCAAA